GAUACCAGAUUCCUUCUAAUCUGAGUCCCCUCUUAGUCCCCUCUUAACCCACCUCGAAUCCACCUGUUCAGCAGGCCAACUUCCUCUAUUUCAGAGAGAAUCAUUAAUUGGUGCAGUUGGUAAUUUGUUCCAAUAUAUUUGGGUGUAAAGUGUCUGAUCAAUCAUGAUUUAAUUCUCGAUAUAUUAUUUUUUGCUCCAAUUUAAAUAUAUAACGUGACGUGCGACUCAAUUUGAGUAAGCAAUUGCGAAUGCAAUAAUAUUAUUGAAGUUUAGGGCUUAGAGAAGAGCCACACCAGCAUUACGUCAUCAUGCUUCUAAUCCUUCCCAUCCAUCCAACUGAACUGCUCCGUCAUUCGCAGCACCGGCACGGGCUCAAACUCCAGUCCUCGAUCCCUCCAUUAAUUGCCGCACGCUCAAAUUCGCUACUGCAACUCUAUAGGCAUUCAAUGCAGUGCUCAAUUCUUGUGACAUCCAUUCGCCAUUAACGGAGUUCACGAGGAACUCGCGCCGCGCUGUUGUAAUCACGCCUUCGUCGGGAUCGAUUUCUCUAGCUAUAUAAAGGGACGUCGAUGCGGAGGCAAAGAUUGCUUUUUGAGAAGAUUUUUGACGCCUCGGCCCGACGGCGAUGGGAGUUCGGUGCUCCGGACGGUCGUUAUGCUGGUGGCUCGCUCGUGCCCGCUCCAAGUCGUCCGCGCUGGAGCUCGACGAUCUAGAGAUUGCUGGCGGAGGUGAUACCGGUGGCGAGUCUAAGCCUUUGUUCAGGGAGUACAGUUUGGAGGAGCUGCGGGUCGCGACCGACGGCUUCGCCUCCGAUCGCAUUGUGUCGGAACAUGGCCAGAAGGCGCCCAAUGUCGUCUACCUCGGCCGCCUCGACCGUGACGUGGCCAUCAAGCGCUUCAACAAGUUCGCGUGGCCGGACGCCCGCCAGUUCCUCGAGGAAGCGAGGACUGUGGGGCAGCUCCGGAGCGGCUGGCUCGCCAAUCUCAUCGGGUGUUGCUGCGAGGGCGAUGAGAGGCUGCUGGUGGCCGAGUUCAUGCCCCGGGAUACCCUUGCUAAGCACCUCUUUCAUUGGGAUGUGCAACCUUUGUGCUGGCCCAUGAGGAUAAGGGUGGCACUGUACCUCGCACAGGCACUUGAAUAUUGCAGCAGCAAAGGUCGUGUUUUGUAUCAUGAUCUCAAUGCCUACAGGGUUCUUUUUGAUCAGGAUGGUAAUCCCAGGUUGUCGUGUUUUGGUCUCAUGAAGAACAGUAGUGAUGGGAAGAGUUACAGUACUAACUUGGCUUUCACACCACCAGAGUAUCUUAAGACGGGGAGAGUGACACCACAAAGUGUAGUCUAUAGCUUUGGAACUGUUCUUCUGGACCUUCUUAGCGGGAAGCAUAUUCCUCCGAGCCAUGCACUUGAUAUGAUUAGUGGUAAAAAUUAUUCAUCGCUAGUGGACUCUUGCUUGGAGGGGCAUUUCUCGAGUCAUGAUGCGACUGAUUUGGUUCAAUUGAUUUCUCGCUGCUUGCAAUACGAACCUCGUGAGAGGCCAAAUUUGAAGUGGCUCCUCACUUGUUUGGGAUUUCUUCAAAAGGAUGCAAGCGUGUCAUCAUACACACUAAUGGGGCUUGCCGAUUCUUCUGUGACUUCCAAGCAAUUGCUCGAACUAUCACCUUUUGCUGAAGCUUGUGCGAAGUCGGAUUAUGUCACUAUAUAUGAAAUGAUGGAGAAGGUUGGAUACAGGGAUGACGAGGGGUUAGCCAAUGAUUUUUGUUUCCGAGUCUGGAAUAGCCAAAACCAGGAGACUUUGAACUUUAAGAAGCUCGGGGACAAUGCUUUUCAAGCAAAAGAUUUUGAAACCGCAAUCGUUCACUACACACAGUUCAUUGACGAAGGCACAAUGACUUCUCCAACAGUGUUGGCGCGCCGUUGCUUAUCGUACCAAAUGACGAACCUGCUACAACAAGCAGUUAGAGAUGCUGAGCAAGCACAAGUGUUAUCACCCGACUGGCCUACCGCCUUUUAUCUCCAAGCUGCUGCCCUUUUCAGGCUUGGAAUGGGUAGUGAAGCCCAUGAAAUGAUCAAGAAGGGCUACAAAAUAGAGUACAAAAGGAACAACAGAAACUGAUGCAUGAAAAUGUGAUUCAAUUCCCUUGUGUUUAGGCUUUUGCUGUCUACUCUUCUCUUGUUCAUGAGUUUGCAGACUUGCGUUGUAGUUUACAUGUUUAGCAAGUAGAGCAGCAAAGGAAAGAUAUCAGAAAACUAAACUUUCCUGUACACUUGCAUACAGAUUGUAGUUUUUUUGGAUAAUUAAAAUUUUGUAGCACUA